AGCCCGCCCGGCCGCGGGCCCGAGCCGCGCCUUGGAGGUCCCGUGGAUCUGCGUCUUGCUUCAACAGUGCUUGGACGGAGCAGACCCGGGGACUCCCCUGAGCUUCCAGCCGCCCUCCCCCUGUCUCUGCAGCCGCAGCCUCCGGGACCAUCUCCUCGCCGCCCUCGGCCCCCAGGAUCAGCCAGCGCCGUCUCCGCGCUCCGCUCCACACCGCGAUCAGCCAUGACCUCCCAGGUUCGUCAGAAUUACUCCACCGAGGUGGAAGCUGCCGUGAACCGCCUGGUCAACUUGCACUUGCGGGCGUCCUACACCUACCUCUCUCUGGGCUACUAUUUUGAUCGGGAUGACGUGGCCCUGGAGGGCGUGAGCCACUUCUUCCGCGAACUGGCUGAGGAGAAGCGCGAGGGCGCCGAGCGGCUCCUCAAGUUGCAGAACGACCGCGGGGGCCGCGCACUCUUCCAGGAUGUGCAGAAGCCAUCUCAAGAUGAGUGGGGGAAAACCCAGGAGGCCAUGGAAGCUGCCUUGGCCCUGGAGAAGAACUUGAACCAGGCCCUCCUGGAUCUUCAUUCCUUGGGUUCUGCCCGCACAGACCCUCAUCUCUGUGACUUCUUGGAAAACCACUUCCUGAAUGAGGAGGUGAAGCUCAUCAAGAAGAUGGGGGACCACCUGACCAACAUUCGCAGGCUGGCUGGGCCACAGCCUUCUCUGGGCGAGUAUCUCUUUGAGCGCCUCACUCUGAAGCACGACUAGGAGGCAGCCUCACCUUCCAAGGGGCUCCUCCUCUGCUCCGCACCAGCCAGCCCUAGGGACCUCCCUGAGCAAACUCUCACGCCACUAGGCAGCUUUGUAACCGCCCUGAAGCCCCUCUCAAGUCUUGGACCAAGCAAAAAUAAAGCUUUUUAAAACAGCA